CAUAUUAAAGUUCAUCAAGUCGGAUCCGUUGUGCACUGCAGAUGGCGCAGUGUAUUACUGACGAUGAUUUAACACGGAAAUGAUUGCAAAGAGCACUCAGACUCCAAAGAUCAGAUGCUUGUGCACCGCAUUGUCUGCCGACCGCGUUCGAUUGUUGAUCGUGUGUCGCGCGUCACAGCUGUGCGUUUUCGUGAAAUUCGUUUGCACCUGAAAUUCGAAUCUCUCCACGAACAAGGCUUCGCGUCCACUUGGUUCACUGUCGUUGGCGAUGAUGAGCAACUACGGCGAUAGCAUUGUGUGUCACGCGCGGCAAGAGCUGACCAGUGAGGAUAAGGAAUAUGCGGCGGUAUAUUUGAAUGAGACCGACGAGACGAGAGAGAACGCCGUCGCGGAGAUCAGACGUUGGAUCAAUGAGAGCGACGACUUGCGCGUACGAAUCGAUGACUUCCUUAUUCUGCGAUUUUUGAGAGUUUGCAAAUUUAAUCUCGAGAAAACAAAGAUUAGGAUGCAAAACUAUUAUAAGCAGCGAUGCCAGUCACCAGAAUGGUGUACGAAUAAAGAUCCGUUUCGACCAGAACUACAGGAACUGCUUGAUUUAGGGAUAUUUUUGCUCCUGCGGAAGCCGGAUCAUCAAGGAAGAUUGGUUAUUAUUGUACGCGGCACUCGGCACGAUCCGAGAAGGCACAACAUAUCAGACAUAAUUAAGAUCGGUAUAAUGGCAAUGGAAGUGGUGAUGAAGACUUAUACCGCAGGAUCUGUGUACGGUUGCUCAGUGUUCCUAGACGUAGCCAAUCCAACGAUGCGCCAUGCUAUUCAAAUGCGGCCCCAAGUAGUAAUGAAUUUGAUCCACACGUGGCAGAACUGCUAUCCUAUGAGAACCCAAUCGAUUAACGUAAUCAACGCGCCCGAAUAUGUCGAGGUUGUUCUGAGAAUUUUUAGAUCCUUCAUGACUGAGAAGAUGAAGAACAGAUUACACGUCUAUAACGCACGAAAGACGAAGCAGAACUGUUUCAAGGAUAUUCCAGCUGACGUUUUGCCCAUCGAAUAUGGAGGCACCGGGGGUACACUGCAGGAAUUAACAGCAUAUUGGAAGAAAUUAAUUGAGGAGAAUCACGACUGGCUUAUGGAUGAUGAGAACGACAAAAUUACUAUUUCGAAGUAAAUUCAGCAUCGACAAAAAUGUGUGUUCUUAGCACUCGCUUGUAUUCAUAAUAUUCAUUAUCGUAUGGAAUGUAAUGUCGGAAGUUGAACUUUCUCUGCAAAUUUUUUUACGAAAAAAAUUAUUUUUUUCUCUUUUUCCUGCACAAGGGAUUCUAUCGGCGAUAGAAUAUAAUAUAAAAGAAGAGAUUACUAUAGAACGUUUAGUAAAGAAUAAACUUACUUUUAGUCAGUAGUUUAUAUUUUUAAAUUACGUAAAAAAUUCAUUGUAUUUAUCUUGUACUUAAAACCUAGCUAGUUCAUUUGAUUUCUUUUAUUAUACAUUUUUCUGCUUAUACAUUUUAAUUAAUCUAUUUUAGAUGUAUAAUCGAGAGAUAUACGACUAUACGUAUAAUAUACAAAAUAAUAAUAUAAUUAUUUAUAUGAAAAUUUGUAUUUGUAUCUGUACGUAUUUUAUUUAAAUGACUGGUACGUUGCGUAGUGUAAAAAAUUGAGCAUAUUUUUCAUUGCACGUUUAGCGUAUUUUCUAAAAGAUAAAAACACAUUAUGACGUCAUUAUGACCCGCGUAUAUAAUGAGCGUGCAUCAAGAGCUGACAAGCGAGAAAAAGGAGUAUGCAAUAGCAUAUUUGAACAAUUAAGAUUAAUGAGAUUAGAAGGUCAUUGCAAAGUUGAAACGAAUUGAAAAAACUACAGAUAAAAAUAAGCGAUCCUACAUAGCGGGAUAUUAAAAUAUUGUAAAAUUCAUACUCGAUGAAAUUCAAUUGAAAUUUAUUAACUUCAGCAAUAAAAAUUAUUUGUAACUGUACGUCAAUUUACAUCUGAUCGUUUGCCCGAUAAAAUAUGCUCGUAAUGUGUAUAUUUGAAGUUACAAAUGUUAAAUAAAUUAUUAUCUAUCUGUAAUUUAAAUUUGAAAUUCAAUUAAAGCGGAAAAUUUUAGUAGAAAAAUAUCAAGAUAUUACGUUCUCCGGAAGCAAAGAAAGAAGCAAAUGAAGCAGGAAAAAAGAAAAAAAUUAAUCCUAAUAAGCAGAGUUUGCGUGCUUAAAAUGCGCUGGGAAUUUUAAUGCCAAUCUGUUUGUUUAAUGCAAAUUUUUUAAACGUUUAAAUGCAAAGUUGAAGAAUAAAAUUGCAUGUUUACGCGAUACACAAUAAUUUUACAGAUAUUCCAAACAAUCUUGUUAAUUAUAAAUUAUGUAACAGAUUACCGUAGAUAAUUACCGUAAACUAGAAUAAAACGAAUGUAAUAUGCAUAAUUGUUAGUAAAUUAGUCAAGAAUGCUUCUUAUUAAAAAAAAAAAUUGCAAAAGGAAAA